AUGGCGCGGACUAAGCAGACCGCUCGCAAGAGCACUGGUGGUAAAGCCCCUCGCAAAGUCCUUUCCGCUAGUUCUUGUGGCCGACGUACUGCAGAUGGAGCCAUUGUCGACAAUCCCGACUUGAACGAAGAAGAGCAACAGAAGCUCAAAGAGAUCGAGGAGGGCGAGAUGCAAGCCUCGUUGAAGCAUAUCGACAAGAAGCACACCGAGCAGGGCAAGGUCUUCUACACCGAGACGGUCGAUGAAGAAGUGCCAGACCAAGUCAACUGGUGGAGUCAAUUUGCGCUCUGUCUCGUCCGUCACAUGAGUCACGACAAUAGAUACGUCCAGAAGACCAGUCUGCAAGUCAACUCACAACACCUAAAGGACAUUCUUCGAGACACUAUCGACAGCUUUCCAGGCAUCUCCUUCCACACCAAAGAGAUCACCAUCGAUGCUCCUUACCGGGUCCUGUUUCACUACAAAGAUGAGCUGGAAGCAGCUGGGGAGAAGCUCGAAGAUGAGGAUGCCAUUGCUCACCUUGAUCUACUGCUCGAGUUCAUUCAUGAGGAGUUCAAGGAUGCCAUCGAAGAGAGCGAUAACUUGCGUGAGCAAGGCUUGAUGUCUUAUGAGCAUCUCUGGACAAUCUUCCGCCCUGGUGACCUUAUUUAUGGCACGGUGCUCGGCCAACCACGAGCGUUCCGUCUGAACAGCUACCAGUACGUUUGCGGCAAUUUCCCAGGUCUGCAAUUGAGCACCGAAUUCGUCGACUUUGACGGAGAAGACUUCGGAACCCGGGACGGCGCACAGUUUGUUGCUGCUUUCGGCGGAGCCCAGCGCAUCGAUGGACUGGAAGCUUUUCCGAUGAAGUACCACAGUGCACCUGAGGAUGUUCAGAAACAGCUCGUGGCUCGAGGCAGACGCUUCGAAGAGCUUGCUGGAAUGCACUUCAAGCGCUACGCCAGCAUUGCUCUCGAGCACACGCCUUGCGGACUCAGUCGGUACAACGUGGACGGCCGAGUCGUGGUCGAUGUCAAGACAUAUCACCGUCUGAAUGCUAAUCGCGCGUUCACUGUGAACGCGUUCAAAUCGGCCGAAGACAAGCGCAAGAAGAGGCGUCGUGCAAACAACAAUGACUACAAUUACGACUACGACGACUACGACGAUGGCAACGAGGAUGUUGGUACCGAGCUCGUGCCAAUCGAUGUGCUCGAUGUUGACCCUAUGACCGACGAUCAAUGUCUCCUCGCCAACGCCAUGGUUCGUGGCUUCUCUUUCACUGAGAAACGCUGGUUCGAGUUCUUCGUCGAUAAGCUGUUGCCACCAGCCUGGAACACCAACUGCUUCGAUCAACUCGUCCUUCCUUCAGCACAAAAGGACCUCGUCCAAGCUCUCGUGGCCAACCAUGUCCAGCAACGCAGCGACUUUGAUGACAUCGUCAAAGGCAAAGGCAAAGGACUCAUUCUUGUUCUUCAUGGCCCUCCGGGGGUGGGCAAAACAUUGACGGCUGAAACAGUCGCGGAGUUCUGCAAGAGACCACUGUACAUGGUCUCUUCUGGUGAUCUCGGCACCGACUCUGAACGCCUCGACGAGCGUCUAACCAAGACCCUCGACAUGGCUUCAACCUGGAAAGCCGUCCUCCUCGUCGACGAAGCAGACGUCUUCCUCGAGCGCCGCUCCCUCCACGACAUGGAACGCAACAGCCUCGUCUCCAUCUUCCUCCGCGUCCUCGAGUACUACGAAGGGAUUCUGUUCCUCACCUCCAACCGAGUCAACACAUUCGACGACGCGUUCAAAUCCCGCAUCCACGUUCCACUGAAGUACAACGACCUUACUGUCGACAGCCGCACGAAGAUCUGGAAGCAUUUCCUAAGAGAAGAAAACGCCAUAGACGACGAGGGCUGCAGAGCCUUGGCACAAGCUGACAUCAACGGCCGCCAAAUCAAGAAUGUCAUCCGCACAGCCAAGAGUCUGGCACAGUUCAAGGGCGAGAAGUUGGAUCGCGAGAAGUUGCAGCAGGUCAUCACUAUUCAGGAGGAGUUUGAGAGUGAGUUGGACAAUGUGGGUUGGGACAAGGUGAAGAAGGUUCCGGAACAGAUCACGAAUGGAAUCAAUGGACAUUGA